GCAGCCAACACACAUGAUCAAACCGAUGCUCGCGAGAAAAACGGAGCGAGCGACGUCAGUUUCUCUUUAAUACCUUUCCUAUUAGUUGUGUUUUUUUUAAACAAAGCUUUUCAUGAUGCUUUAAAGAUCCCAGAAACUGCAUCAGGAGUUUUAUUCCUGGAGUUUAUCGUUCUAACGCAUCCUUUUAAAUAUGAAGAACCAUCUUAAAAUCGGGAGAAAAUCUCUACAUCUUGCCGUAUGGCUUAUGUGUUUAGCAGGGCAGCUCUGCACAGCAGACGAAUUGCCAACAUGUUUACCGAAAGACUACCACUAUGAAUUCACGGAGUGUGAUACGAGUGGAGGCAGAUGGCGGGUCUCAGUUCCGAAACCACUCACGUGCGUUGGAGGAGCUCCUAAUCCACCAACCAGAGUAAAUGACUGCCGUAUUUCAUGUGACGCUGGCACGUACUUCAAUCGUACAACACUGGAGUGUUUAUCGUGUCCCCCUGGCACUUAUUCCCUCGGUGGAGGAAUCAAAUUCGAUUCGUGGGAGCACCUCCCCCUCGGGUUUCACGUCUCCGUGGAAUCCUUCGAGAGCAACUUCCGAUUACUGCAUAAUUUUGCCACGGAUUCCGGAGUGAACUGCUCGGAAUAUGGCUGGAAACCAAAAAAAUCUUUUAUAUCCUCACAUGGCGGGCCAUGUGCUGCAACCUUAAGCUAUUCUGUCGAACUGGUCAAACCCGGCGUACUGUCUUAUACUUACCAGUAUACAGAUCCGUCUAUACUAUUCAACUUUGAGGCCCAGAACGACCAAUGUCAGUCAAUAGAAGAUGUCGAAAAAUACAAAUGGCCUCGCCUGACCGAAGAAGCAAAAUGGAGAACGUCUACAGUUCAGCUGAAAGCUGGUUUGAAUGUGUUGUACUGGAAGACUGUGGGGAUGGGAUUUUCAGACAAGAUGAAAAAGUCGAAACCUGUAAGGAUUAAGAAGAUCGAAAUAAGUGGAGUGGCUUAUACUUCGGAAUGCACCCCCUGUGCUCCAGGAUAUUACAGCAGCUCCGGUUCCAAACUUUGCACGCCCUGUCCUGAAAACACUUUCUCCGAUGCUGGUUCUUCUGACUGCACACCAUGCGAUGCGAUGACGCAAUACUCGCCGAAAGGAUCGGCGAAAUGUUUACAAAGACCACCUUGUGCGAAACAGGACUACUACGAAAUCCACGCCCCUUGCGACGAGAUGAAGUUGACGCAGCUGAUUUACAAGUGGGUGGAACCGAAAAUCUGCCGGGAUGACGUCCCCGGAUCUGUGUCCCUGCCCACCUCUACUGACCGCAUCCCUUGUCCGCCUUGCAAUCCUGGCAUGGAGUACUCAAACCAAUCCAUGUGCGCCUUCUGCGAGAAAGACCACUACUCGGAUGGAUCGGAACCUUGCAGAAAAUGCCCACCGUCUACAGCACCAAACUACGGUCUAUUUUUCAAAUGGUGGCCUGAGAUUCCUCCAGGAAUGUAUUCAAGAUGUAUGACACUUGAAGAAGGCGGAUGCAUGUCCAAUGUCGUCUGGCAACCAUCUGGAGAUCACAUUCGGACCACUUCUGGUCAAAGCUUGGACGCUUACCUCAUUCUCUCUCUGGAUGUUCCAGGAUUCAGAACCAAAGAAAGAAUCAUCAACGGGCAAUCGGCAGAAAUCGGAACCAUCAGCUUUACUUUCGAACUGCAAUGUUCGCAAACCUGUGUGUUCGCAUUCAUGAUGAGUUCCAAUCGUAAGCCAGUUACCGAGAUUCAGAGCUGGACGGGUCGAACACCAAAGCAGCACUUCAGUUAUGAUAUUACUGUGGACGACGGCUACACUUUUAACUGGGUGUUCCAAAAACUCGGCAUUGGAGAGAAUGCGACUUCGGAUGCCAUCCAAAAUGACAUUGCCAAAAUUUAUGACAUCACCGUGCUGAAUACCAUAUCUGGAGGAGCUUCAGAAUGUGAACCUUGUCCUCAAGGCACCGAAGCUCAAGGGGUCCUGUAUCGCUGCAUCCCGUGCCCUCCCGGUCACUAUCUGAAGGAUUCUGAGAGUCUCGAGUGCCUACCAUGUCCUUAUAAUACGUAUUUGUGGAAAGCCAUGCCCCAGGGAUCAGAAUCUUGCAGAUCGUGCGGUCCAGGCCUCAGAAGUGAAGACGGACAGAGAUGCUACAGCGACUGCAGGGUCUAUCUUCUUGAUGGAACAUUUUUCGACUUAUCCACCCUGCCCCCUUACAUGGAAGUGAAAGGAAGCCCUCUGUUCACUGCAAGUGGAACCCAAUAUUUCCACGUGUUUAACAUUUCCUUAUGCGGACAGAACGGAAAGUCGACAGCUGUUUGCAGAAACAAUGUCACCUAUCACUCUCUGGAUCCACAAACUGAAGAAAUGGUCAGUUCAUUCGUCUGCCGUGCUACUAUUGUGCCCUCUCAGAAUGGAGACGGGCGCGAAUCACUGGUCACUCAAUCUGUUAGCAUUGGUGAUACUCUAGUCGGUAUUACAACCAAGCAGAAAUUGGGGGACAUUGAAGUUGUAGAUGAAUUCGUUCAAAGUUCAGAAAGCCAAUCGGAUAUACAUUUCUUUUACACGUCACCUGAGAAGACUCAGGCUUGUAGCGAGGGCCGAAGCACCACCAUCACCUUGAGGUGCGACAGUAGCAUGGAAGGCAGCGGCAUGAUCACCCCUCCAGCCUCCUGCUCUGACGGCACAUGCGACGGUUGCAACUUCCAUUUUCUGUGGAAGACACGACUCGCAUGCCGCGUUUGUACGGAAAGCGACUACCAGAUCGUAAGGGGUGAGUGCGUACAGGGCAAGCAAACUCUACACUAUAUAUCGCCACAAGGAUGCAUUUUACCUGAUGGAUCCUCGGAAGCAGCUUUCAGACGAACUGUCCCAUGCACUGUUAUCCCCAAGCAAGUACAGAUGCUCAUUGGAGCGGGAGUUGGAAUAGGAAUCCUGUUACUCGUCAUGGUUGUUUACUUUUGGAAGAAAAAUAGGAAGCUCGAGUUCAAAUACAUGAAACUGGUUCAAUCCAGUUCGUCGAAGGACUGUGAGCUCCCGGCUGCCGAAAGUUGCGCUAUAGACGAAGAUGAAGAAGAGCACUUUGACAGCGUGGCUUUCAGUGACAAAAAGAAAGGGAUUCUGGGAAAGUUCCGCACAAUUCGAGUCGGCAACAAUAAGGUAUAUUGGGAAUCCGAAACUCAGCCUCUCGAAGGUUCAUGGACACCUUCCAAUUGACGAUAGUUUAGUUCCUUGUUUGAAAUGCCGUCCAAAAAUAAGGAAAAACAAUACCGAACUGUAUAUUUGGAAGAGGACCAAACCGAAAAUGAAACAUAAAUAAACAACAAAACAAAACAAAAAACAAUAAGCAGAAGUUUGUGAUGUUUUAUUUUUACAAAUAUAUUAUUGAACAUUAACCUUAUUCUUGUGCAUUCUACCACUUAAAAUUAAUUAAUGUUGUGAGCGAAUGUAUAUAAUUGUAAAUCCUUUUCUGAUCAAAAUUAUCUAAUUUUAUAAAAUGGAUGCAUACAAAUCAAUGAUUUCCAAAAUCUAUUCUAAUAUAAAGACUUAUUUGAUUUGCUCCUAUAAAUUGUAUUGUAGAAAAAACAAUGGAACUAUUUAAAGGAUCUGUAUUACUCUUGCAUUAGACUUAGGAAUUAUUUUAGAUGUAGAAAUUGUAUUUAUCACAACUGGUAUUUGUAAUGUUAAUCUGUAUCAUGUUUGUGAUUUUUGUUUUGUCGUGAAAUUUUUUGAUCUUGUUGAAUAGUAUUAAAUGUGUUUUUUUUCAUUCCACAAAUAUGUGCCAGUUUCAUUUUGCACAAUUGACAAAUUGUGUGGGUCGUGUGUAAUUUUGUGUUGAAAAAAUUACUCUUUUUUUUUGUAAGUGUAUCAGUUUGUCUAAAGAAAUUAAAAAUAUCUCUUUACUAAGAAGAAUCUUAAUUUCAUGACUUAAGGUCAGUUAUUAAUUACUUAAUGUUAAGCCUCAUUUUUUUAUAUAUUAACAUGCUAAUUUGUGAAUAUGAGAAUUUAUUCAAAUAAAAAUUUAUGUUUUGAUUCAUUAUUUAAAAAAAAAUUAUGGUUUAUUUAAGUUUCAAUUUGCUAAUAGAAUUUAAUUAAAACUGUAAGUGCCAAACGACUUUUUUUUUCUCUUUCCGAUUAGAAAAUUUCUCUUUCCAAAGAGAUUUCAUAAUAAUAAAUUUAAAAGAAUAAAGUAAAAUCUUAAAUGUUAUCGCCUUCUGCAAUAUGUGGCAUUGUCCUUAAAUGUAUGUUUUUUUAAAAAAACUCAGAUAACAAUAAUUUCCUUUUACCUGGAUUUUUUAAAUAUAUAUAUAUUUUUGUACUUUUUAUUUUAUUCUUCUGUGAUUUUAGAUCGUCUUGUAUUAAAGAAAUGCUCGAAUUCCAUCAGAAAAAUACGUUGUCAGUAACACACAUUGGGUUUGAAUUUGUUAAUCUAAAAUGAGUUUAAACCAAGAUUUAAUUUUCUUUGUUAAAUCACUAUAACAAGCAAAAUGUAUUGAAAUAAAAUAGAAUAAACCAUAAAAGUGAUAUUGAUAAAUUAUUGUUUAAAUUUUAUGUUAUUAUUGUUGUGAGAUUGUUUUGUUACUUAUAUGAGCUAAUUAAGAAUAUUUUUUAAUAGAUUAUCACCCUAAAUAUGGCUUAAGAUUUUAAGAAGAGCUUCCAGAUUUUCCUACUGUUUUAACCCAUUGACACUUUAAUAUCUAUAACUAACAAAUUAUAAAGAAAAAGUCUUAUUUACGCUAAUUCCUUAUUAUGGACAUAUAAGUAUUUUAAGCCAAAAAGUACUUUAAUAUUGUGUUUUGUAUUAAAUUAUAUGUUUAUCUUGUGUUUAUAUAAAUUUAUUACAAUGGCUUAUACGUAUUUAUGUUUAUUAAAAUGUAUUUUUAAACAAUUUUAUAAUUUUUUUGAUUCUUAUAAAAUCUUAUCAUGCACAAAAUACUAAAGUAUUAAUAGCUUUAUAUUAUUUUCUUUAUUUGAUUCAUUAAUUGAUACCACCUUUUCACGAAUGCAUUAAUUAUUUAUCAUGUUAAUUAGAAAUUAGCAUGGUUAAUUAUUUAUCAAUAAUAUUUAUUUUUUAAAUAUUAUUAUACAUAAUAUUGAAUAAUUAAAAAGAAUCAUUGUUAAUUGUUCCUUUUUUUUAAAAUCAACAAAAAAUUUUACAAGAAAUCAUGUUUUUAUUUUUUGUUAUAAAUGCUUGUGUAAUAUUUAUUAAAUUGCUUGUUGCAAUAUCUGAGAAAAAUUUAUUAAUUAAGCAUUUUGAUUUUAUUCGAUAUAUCAUUUUUGCAUAUUGCAUAUUUGUAGGUAUAUUCAUUAACAACUACAUCAUUAUUACCCAUUUGUUACUUAUGUGAUAUUUUUAUGUACAUAAGUUGAAUUGUUUUUUAUAAAUAACUUUAUAUAAAUAAUUCUAAUAAUUUUUAGUUGCAUAAUUAAGAUUUUUAAAAAAUAUUUUUUUUUGUAUUGCUUCAUUUUUUGUUUUUUGAUUUAUUAUAUUAUGAAUAUAAUGAUUAUGAAUAUAAUGUUGAACAAGCAUGCUAUCUUAUUUUGCAUAGUUUAAUAUUAAUUCAAGUACUUGCAACAUUUCUUUCUUUUAUUAAUAUUAAUCUAUAUUUUGACACAUUUAGUACUUAAUUGCAAACCUUACUUUAUUUAAUUAAUUUUGCCAAAAAAUGGCAGCAAAAUGAUGUGUAGAACAAUUUAAUAGAAGUUAAUUAAAAAAAGUUUUAUUUCCAGAUAUAAAGGGCAUUUACAAUCACUCAUUGUUUAAACGGUUAAAUUUGUUAGAAAAUGUUUUUGUUACAUUUCUGACUAUAAGAUGAAAAAGGCACAAAACGAACAAAGUAACAUAACAUAAAGUGUAAGGCAAUCAUUCUUGAAAUUAAGUAUUGUUAUGUUAAUUUGUUAUUGAAACAAAUUUGUUAAUAGUAUCAACAAAAUAUCAUUACACAUUUGCAUAUUGAUGUAUCUGUGAUGAAUAAAUAUUGUAGAUGUAUUAAAAAAUAUUUUUCUGAAGGUACUUCAACUUAUAUCAAAAUAUAUAAUUCAAUAUCAUUUUUACCUGUUUACUUGUAAAAACCAAAAUUAUUAAUUAUUUUUGUACAUGCAAUAUAUUUUUAAAAAAUUAUCAUUAUAAUUAUAUUUUAGGAACAUAAAUUAUCAAGUUAAAUGAGUGAAAACUAAAUUAUAAUAUUAUAUUUGGUAAAAUUUAUUUGUAACAUUAUAUUGGUUCGAUAUUAUAAUGAAAUUCCUUUUCCAUUAUCAAAAAAAAAUUUUUUAUGUUAUAGUGUCUUUUUAAUUUGUUUAAAUGGAUGUGCUUUUAAUAAUUUAAAAUUAAAAAUCAGCUUUUGCAAAACUGGCACUUAAUUUUGGAGGUUUCCAUUUGUUCAAUUCAGUGACAGCAAUAUUGAAGCUUGGCAUUUGGAUUAUUCCAUGCACUAAAAUCAGUGACAUUCGUAUUCCAUUCAUUGAAUUUUCCGAAAAUUUUUAUUUCAUUCAUUAAAUUCUGUGACAAUAGUAUUAAAUUUAUUACAUUUAGGGGAAAAUCAUGUUCCAUUUAUUGAAUUCGUGUCAAUCAUAAAAUUAGAAAGAUCAUUUAUCUACAACUUACAGAGCAAAUUUCGAUAAUUUUUUUGCUAUUUAUAGAUAAUAUAAAUGCUUCCUUUUCGCCUCCCGGUAUUCCAAAAUUAGAUAUUUUUUCAACGUUUUUUAUUUUAUUUUCAUAUCUAUAUAAGCGGUUUUUAAGUCACAAAUAUUAUGUGAAACUAAAUAAAAAUAUUUCAUUAUGGAUGCCCUUCUAAAGAAUUCGUAAUAAGAAUGAAUUCAAAUUAAAAAUAAUAUUAAAGAAAAUAAAAAAUAAAAUUACAAAAUUUUCUAAUUCGAUUUAGAUUUUCUAAUAUAUAGAUCCAGAAAAUGCAGGGGCAUGACCCACUGGUGGGCUACGAAUGAAUGAUUCGGUGAAUCGCGAAAAAAUUUUAAAUAUAUGUACCAAAGGUUUUUUUUUAAAUAAUAUUUUAUUAUUUCUUUUUAGCCUGUAAAGCCUCUUUCGAAAAGAACGUGUGCAAUUUAUCCUAAAAAAAUUUUAAUUCACUGAGUAUGAAAUCGGUUGCUAUAGUGACGAUUUCUCAGAAGCAGGUCACGAUAUUUUAAAUUUUCGUACCUCUGAUAUAAUACAAAAUGUAUCAGAGUCAUUAACUGAUGAAUCAGUCGCCAUUUCCUAUUGUCACGAGAUAUUGUUUGAUAUCUUUAUAAUGUUCUUCGACAUUCUGAAUGCCGGCCAACAUCGGAUGGAUAUCAUAUCAAUAUUGUUAAACAUUUUGUGCUAAUAGGGUUAUUUGAUUUUAGUCUUAAUAAAUUUGACUAGAAGCAUAAAAUUAAAUUACCCUGGAAAUACCUCUCCCCAAAAAACUGAAGCCAAAAAUCUUGAAUACUAGUCCUUGUCCUUUCGAAAGCUGCAAGGCUCGUAUUCGAUAACCUAAUUCUCUAAUUGAUAAUCAACCUUGCUGUCUUCAACCUGUAUAAUAUGGAGUCUUCCAAAUUUCCAAGUGCCAGUUCAUCAAAUUUAACUUGACUUAAAUUUAAGUAAUCGUGCAGUUAAUCUCUCAAACACAGCCGAACGUUAUCCGGGUAUAUUUAAAAUUAUGAUCAUAAAAGAUAAUGUUUCAAAUAUCUUAAUAUUGAACAAUUUGUGUUCUGCAAAUCCAACAAUGUGUAAUUGUUGAUGGCAUGACUUUGGUGUGAAGUUUUUGCCGUUAAUUGUAUAUUUUCUCAUGCAUUCUGUAUUUUGCUAGUAUGUGUUUGUGUUGUAUAAAUGUAACAAACAAACAAAGCACUGAAAGCUUUUGUAGGGUGAGUGGCUGUCUAGUCAAUUGAAAGUAUUUUGCUGUAAAUCAAUUCUGAAUUUUGAUGAAACCAAAUCAAAAUUGUAUGCUUGCUGCACUAGGACCAAUAGUGUUUUAUUAACUUUAGAAACCCAGGAUUGGAAAUCAUAUUUGUGUCUACUUUUUCUUUUCUCUCUUUUUUUUUCGUUUUGCUGUAUAUUUCGAAUAUGCAUUCCAUAAUAAAUUAUAAAAUAUGAAAAAA